AUGGGCAAGACCAACGAAAAUGUCCUUAUUUUUUGGACAACCCCAUCCGGGGAAAAAGAUAAACAUUUAAGAGAAGUUCUCUCUCAUCUCUUUAUGGAAUGUAUGAUACGCUAUAAAAAUGAGACUGUAAAUGAAAAUCAAACGGAAACCAAUUAUCCCACAGCCAUACCACGUUAUCUCGAGGAAGCUGUACUCUAUGAGGGUUCCAUUGAUAUGCAAAAUGUCAAUGAAAAUGAAGCGAAACGUAAUGAAUUGUAUGCCACCAUCAAUACCAUCACACUGGCACCUGAUGAGGAUAAUAAUGAUGAUGAUGCUGCUGAUGUUCUCAAUAACUUUGAUACAGCUGAUGUCAACUAUACCUAUACCACCCUGAGCAGUAGCAGUGCUGGCAGUUCGCCGGGUUCUUCGGGUAGCUUUAGUAAUUUUGAUAAAAAAUCAUCCUCUUCAUCGGCAUCAUCAUUGUAUUGUCCUGUGCGUUUUGAUGGUUAUCUAUGUUGGCCACGUACACCAGCCGGCACGGUGUUAAGUCAAUAUUGUCCAGAUUUUGUUGAGGGUUUCAAUAGUAAAUUUUUGGCUCAUAAAACCUGCUUGGAAAAUGGCUCCUGGUAUCAGCAUCCCGAAAGCGGUCAGGAAUGGUCAAAUUACACCAAUUGCAUAGACUAUGAAGAUUUGGAGUUUCGCACCUUUGUCAAUGAGCUGUAUGUUAAGGGCUAUGCUGUCUCCUGUCUGGCUUUAAUAUUUUCCCUCAUUAUUUUCUUGGGUUUUAAGUCCUUACGUUGCACCAGAAUACGCAUACAUGUCCACCUCUUUGCCUCGUUGGCUUUUACUUGCGUCACUUGGAUUUUGUGGUAUAAACUGGUUGUGGAGCAACCUGACAUGAUACGCAAUAAUCCGUAUUGGUGCAUUGGUUUACAUCUUGUAAUACAUUAUUUCAUGUUGGUCAACUACUUUUGGAUGUUCUGUGAGGGAUUACACUUGCACUUGGUAUUAGUGGUGGUCUUUGUCAAAGACACCAUUGUCAUGCGUUGGUUUAAAAUAUUUUCCUGGCUUUCACCCUUUAUCUUCAUAACAGCUUAUGCCGUGGCUAGAUUUUUACAUGUCGAAGAUAAUAUACAUUGCUGGAUGGAUGACAGUCUUUUGCUGUGGAUCUUUUCGGUGCCAGUAUGCAUUUCCUUGGUGGCCAGUUUCUUCUUUCUUAUCAAUGUCUUGCGUGUUAUUGUACGCAAACUACAUCCCCAAUCGGCUCAGCCAGCACCAUUGGCCAUACGCAAGGCGGUUAGAGCAACAAUUAUAUUGGUACGUGCCACUUUUGGUUUGCAGCAUUUUCUCUUACCCUACCGUCCUGACAGCGGCAGUCCUCUAGAACGUUUCUAUCAAUUGCUGUCGGUUAUAUUGGUUAGUUUACAAGGUUUUGUGGUGUCCUUUCUGUUCUGUUUUGCCAAUCAUGAUGUUACUUUUGCGGUACGAAGUCUUUGCAAUCGUUUGGCUCCCAGUAUUGUAUCACCACCACCACCCUCUAGUCAUACCGGACAAAUGGCCACCACUACACCUAGUCGUGAGUUAGGUGUUUAAGAAGGAAAGUCCUUCCCAAAAUAAUUGAGAGAAUUUAGUUUAAUAAGUAUAAAUGUCUAUGAAAUCACAUCACUUUGUUAUGCAUAAGUGAAAUACUUUCUUCCCCAAAAUGUUUACCUUUAAGAGUAUUUACUUAUUCCUUUUCUUUUUAAUUUCCUGUUUAGGGAAAAUGUAAUUUUCUUACAAACUGUUACAGGAAACGCAUUUAUUUUUGUUAUUAUUUGUAUUAUUUUGAACUGUUUUUUAUGUUUUGUGAUACUAAAAGAAAAUAUUUGUUAUCAAAUAUUAUUAAUACUUUAAGUGUA